UCUCUGGCGAACGUGACAGAGGCAGAGUUCUGUGCCAUUUGUGGUGGGGCGCUGCAUCCUGCUCACAAAGGGAUGAGGCGAGGGAUCGACUGGGCGGACACGCAUCCAUUGACAGAUCGCAAUGUCAACUGAGGAUGGAAAGAAUGCGCUGAUGCCCCGAACCACGCAGCGGAUCAGCGGAGUUACGAACUGAAUCAGCGGAGACGAAAAUGAGCCACACGGAGAUGGAGAUGUCCGGCGCAGGGCAGCCUCGGCGGUCGCGCACGGUGAAGAGGCGGAGGUGGGGCGGUCUGCGGCAGCAGUGGAAGCUGCUGGGCCUCUUCGAGAUCGACCAGCAGCACGAGUUCUACUCACUCACCUGCAUGAUGAAGGAAGGCCUGUCCGCCGCCAUCCAGAACUCCAUAGACAACCCACUUCCUGAGGAACUGUCUAACGAUGAUUUCAGGAUGGAGGUCACUCAGAUUCAUAAGGACUUUCGAAUGGAGUCGUUUGCAGGGCCCGUGUUUGCCAGCUUGCGUCGCUCUCUGGGAAUGACAGAGAAAGAGUAUCAGCACUCAUUGUCGUCUGAAGGCCACUACCUGCAGUUUAUCAGCAACUCCAAAAGCAAAGCAGACUUCUUCCUCACAAAUGAUAAACGGUUCUUCCUGAAGACACAAAACAAAAGGGAAGUUCGGUUCCUGCUGUCUAACCUAAAAAUCUACAUGGAGCAUCUGGAAAAAUAUCCUCAUUCCCUUCUGGUUAAAUUCCUAGGUGUUCAUCGAAUCAAAAUUCCCCAGCAGAGGAAGAAAUACUUCAUUGUAAUGCAGAGUGUUUUUUACCCAGAUGAGAGAAUAGAUGCCAGGUACGAUAUUAAGGGCUGUCAGGUGAGUCGCUGGACAGAGCCUGCACCGGAGGGGAGUCAGGUCAUUGUGGUGCUGAAAGAUCUCAAUUUUGAAGGGCAGUUCAUCACACUAGACCAGCAGCGGCCCUGGCUGCUGCGGCAGGUGGAGAUAGACACGGCGUUCCUCCAGACGCUCAACGUGCUGGACUACAGUCUGCUGCUGGCCCACCAGCCCCUGCACCAGGACGAGCGGCACCAGAGCCUGUCCUUCGCCACACUCAUCAUGCGCACCAAGAAAGGGGCACGCACAGGUUCGGCUGAGCUGAGAGACUUCCAGGCCCAGAACCGCAGACUGCUCCCCAACUUCAAAAACCCGCUGCACGUCAUCGACGGGCCGGAGCAGCGCUACUUCAUCGGCAUCAUUGACAUUUUCACCGUGUACGGUUUCAAGAAGAGGCUGGAGCACUGGUGGAAGAGACUCAGGCACCCGGGGCAGACCUUCUCCACCGUCAGCCCUCCUGCCUACUGCACGCGCCUGUGCCACUGGGUGCAGGACCACACCAAGUAGAGGGGCGCUGCGCAGACGCAGACGCAGACGCAGACGCAUAGGAUCAUAGUCUUGAAAGCCAGACUUCUGUCAGUCGACAUAACGUUUCGCUGUCACUGUAACUUACCGUAGCCGACUUGAACGGAGGGGGCCUAAAUUCUUACAUGCAGAACCAACCAACCAACAGGAUGUGGCUUUUGCAUGACACAUACUGUAUUCCAAAAUUCUAUUUCUCAAUUUUAGCGAUUAUGUCUUGUUUUAUUCGGUCGGCUGAUUGCUGUAGCUAUUUACCUUGCAAAACGCUCCCUGGCUCACUGAUAAAGACAGAGCGCGCGUGUCUUUUCCAAGAGAUGCAUAUUCCACAAUAUGCUUAUUAUAUUAUAUGCAGUUUGCACUGUGGAUAGCCAGCGGCAGAACAGCUGAAGGAGCCCAGCAGCUUUUCCAGCUUUGUGAGCAAUAUGCACCAGACUGCUUGCUGACGCUGUGUGAGGAGGGCCUCCGAGGCCGGGGUCCGCCGACACACACACACCACCCAGGGAACGCAAGAGAGAUCCCCCUGGGGUCUGCGGACACACACACACCACCCAGGGAAAGCAAGAGAGAUCCCCCUGGGGUCUGCCGACACACACCACCCAGGGAAAGCAAGAGAGAUCCCCCUGGGGUCUGCCGACACACACCACCCAGGGAAAGCAAGAGAGAUCCCCCCUGGAUGCAGACUGAAGCCAGGAAGGAAAUGGGCAGAGACAUCAAAUGGGGAUCUUGUCACAUUUGUGUGAGCACUCCAACGAUGCAGUUGUUUUUCAUGUUUUACAUGCUUCUGUUGUCCAAUGCAAAGAAGUACCUUGAAUUUGUGUAUUUUUUAACAUAUUAUCAUGAAUUUACAAUAAAUACUGAUUAUGAGGUGGUGCUUAAAACACAAAAUCACAUAUUUGUUCAUCUCUCCUUCAACAGAGUGAUGCAGUAAGA